AUGACUCGAGGACGAAAGCGAAAGGCCGUGGAUACGAAGCCUCGCGAGGAGGCUGUUGACAAGCAAGAAGCUGAGGAGAAACAGCAGCCGACCGAAGACGUACCUGCGUCACCUGAGAAUAAACGAGGGAACCUUCGACGCCGCGAUACACUGCGGGCCAACAAGCGCUACUCACCUCCACCACCGGCGCCAAAGCGAUCACGCGGCACGAACCGUCUCUCCUUUCCCUCCACCAGUCACUCUAAUCAUUCGUUCAAUGCCGGAGUCAAUGACGCCACUGAAGAUGCCUCCUCAUCGUCCACACCGACAGCAACUCCUUCAACAGCAAAGUCCACCAGUGACACUGUGUCGUCGGCCGCCUCCACUGCAACCGGCUCCGGCCGAAGAAAGUCUCUGGGCCUGCGAAAGACAGACGCCAGUGCCUCCGCCUCUGCCACUACUGUCACUACGGUGGAGAACAUUGAAAUAUCGAAGAAGGAAGGGGACCAAAUUGUCCUCCAACUGAAGGAUGGAACACAGCAAAGUAUUCAACUACCGAAGAGUAAUGCCGUUGCUAAGGAGGAUGAGGGCGAGGCGCCGGCAGCGAAGGACAAUGAUCCGGACUACAAGCCGGCUCCUCGAUCCUCGGGCCGGCGAAAGUCGGAGCUACCAUCAACAGCCACCACUGUUACCUCAGCCACUGCUACCGAGACCGUUACCAUCACCACCACCGGCGGCAGUGGUGACCCUCACAAGACGCCCCGCGUCUCCAACCUCACCACCGUCAAGCUGACCAGUCAGUCUGGGUCGCUGUCGCUGAGCAAGGCCAACGUCAUUGCGGCAACCUCGUCGGUGAACAAAAGCCACAUCGUCUCCAAUGCUUCGGCCAUGAGCAAGGCCAAUCUUCCCGCCAUUCUCAAGCCGGCCAGCGCACCAAACACGCCUCUUGCCGGCGGGCUGGUGCUGAAGAGCGCCACCGCUGCGACCUCCAACCGCCGCCAAGGGGGCACCAAUCAGAUGGGCAAGUACAUUGACAACCUCCCCGAGGUGGUCGACUGCAUCAACGCGGACAACAUUGACGACAAGAACAUGGCAAAGCUGCCCGACCGUAUCAUGCUGGUCAACUCGGAGCUGCCGCUGCACCUUUCCGUCGACCUUGAUAACGCCCACAAGGACUAUCUCUUUUUGCAAAUCAUAUCACCGGUGCAGUCGAACCGCUUCAUCUGCCUGCUGUGCAAGGGCAUCGACGUCAACUUCUCCACGAAGGAGGAGAAGGACAUUCUCCUGCACUACCAGUCGCUGCACGAGCUGGACGUGGACAUUGGCCAGGCAAAGUUCUCCGAGGAGACCGUCUUCAUCUGUCUGCCGAAGAUGGUGCUCUCGCAGCUGGACGGCUCCCAAAAUUCCCUCUCCCUCAACUCGGCCUGUCAGUACUGUGAGUCGCGCCUGAACGACAUACCCGACAUGAAGAACCACUACAGGCAGGAGCACCAAAAAGAGGUCAUCCUGAUGGAGCAGGAGGAGAUCAUGAAGAUGCACCACAACUUCUACUGUCACAAGUGCAAGCACUCCUCGGCGGACUUUGACUCGCACCACAAGCACAUGAAGGAGAACCACCAGCUGAAGACCUACCGCUGCAAGUCCUGCGUCCUCGUCACCCAGGACGAAAGUCGCCUGCGCACCCACUACAAGGCGAAGCACAUGCUGCACACCUCGGGCCAGAACUACAGCUGCUUCUACUGCCACGGGCUGCUGAUUGGCGUGGAGCGCCUGCUGAAGCACAUUCAGCAGGCGCACAUGGUGCAGACGGGCACUGACUUUAGCUGCAUCAGCUGCAUGCAGCAGUGCGGCCGCGGCAAGGACCUGCUGAACCACGCGGAGCGCUGCUCGCUGGCCGGCAUCAAGCCGGAGCAGCACAACUUCCACUACGUCAACCCGAUGCCCGACCCGAGGCCGCCAGCGGAGGGCGAGGUCGACUGCUACUUCUGCUCGGUCCGCCUGGAGAGUCAGGAGGUCUACGAGCUGCACCUCCACCACGAGCACAUGAAGUGGAUCAGCAAGGCGGCGUCGCCGGUGGAGAAGAAGGAGGAGGAGGAAGAGGAGGGCGAGAAUGGCGUCGGCAGCAGCAGCACCGGCAGCACCACCCAGAAGCUGCUCACCAUCAACGACGUCAUCUCGGAGGAGGAUGUGGAGCGGGCGCAGAUUAAGACCUACAACCACAUUGAGGUGGAGGAUCACUCGCAGAAGUCCGUCAUCUCCCAUCCGGACGAGGUGUCGGUGUGCACCUACUGCGACAUUUACUUUGCCAGCGAGGAGGCGCUGGUGAAUCACCUGAUCACCGAUGCCCACAUCAACAAGUUCACCUCUUCGGGGCACUUUCACCGGACGGAGCCGCGCAACUUCAAGUGCAAGGCCUGUCACACCUUCUUCGGCAUGAAGGAGUCCUACAUUCACCACCUGGAGACGGAGGACCACAAGUACAUGUGUCACUACUGUGGCAUUACCACGGCUACGCCAAGCGCUCGACGAGCCCACGUGCAGAACACGCACCCGGAGCGGCUGAGUUUCUGCGAGGAGUGCGCCGAGCAGCACACCGACAUCAUGGCGCACUUUGUCAGCCACGGCUUCACCUUUGACUGUCAGAAGUGCGUCAAGAAGUUCUACAAUCGCGAGCGCCUGAACGCCCACAUGGAGGUGCACCUCGAUGCGAUUCAGUGCAACUGGCCGGGAUGCAAUCGGAUGAUUGCCACGCGCUCCAUGCUCGUCACGCACUACCGCGGCCACAAGAGCGAGCACAAGUGCAACAUCUGUGGUCAAG